UUAUCCAUUGUAAACUCGACUGUAACAAAAUCAAAUCUCUUAUCGAUAGUUUUGUUACAAUACUGUAAAAUAUAUUUAAAAUGAAUGAAAAUUUAUUCAACCAAAUAAAAAGUAGAUUGAAAUUAGAAUUUUAUUUAAUGAAUGAUGAGUGGUUGAGAGAUUGCAUUGAAUAUUAUAUGGAUCAACAUAGAAAUACGAGUAAUAAUGAAAUUAUGCAAUUUGUAAAAGUACAAUGGCAACUUAGUAAUUUACGAGAAAUCAAUAAUGAAAAUGGGAGCCUGCCGCGUAAUAUUUCACAGAAAAACUGCGUUAUAUUAUCCGAGAAUUAUAUUCUUCAGGUAGAACAAAUGUACGAUAUUGCAACAUCAAAGUAUAAACAAUUACAGCAAAUAAGGAACAUUCAUAUUUCUGAAGCAGAUGAAGAAGAAAAACAAAACAAGUUUGAACCCCCUAAAAAAAGAAUGAUACAACUUCGACUAACAGAUGGAUUACAAGAUGUAAUUGGUAUUGAGUAUAACUACAUACCUAGAUUAAAUUUUCUCCUUCAGGAUACAUUGUUACCAGGAUAUAAAAUUAUGAUAAUAGGUCCAGUGAAGUGUCGUAAAGGUGUUUUGUUAUUAGAAGACGGAAAACUAAAAGGAAUCGGCGGCGAAGUGGAUAGUUUAUUAAUUCCCAAUGCUUUGGAAAAUGUUCUGGCCAGAGCUCUAAAACUCCAAGAAAAUUCUGACCCUUAUAACGACAAUGAAUCAAAGUCGAACAAUGUUAAACAACAAAAAGAACCAAAUAUAGAUGACAGUUUUUUUGAAGAUGAUUUUGAAAUAAAUUUAGAAGAAGUCUCUAAAAUUGAACAUUUACACAGCAAAGACCAUAAACAACCCAACAUUAAUACGACUAAAACACAAAUUAAAACAGUUAACUUAAUCAAUACUAGUACUGUGCAGAAAAAAGAUCAUAAUUCCAAGGAAAAAAUAAUCUUAGAUGAUGAUGAUUGUUUCUUAGAAAUGGUGGAUGAAGAACAAUUUGUGCAAUCACGAACAGAACAGACAAACAUCGCAGCUCCUUUCAGAGCUUUGCCAAAAGAAGAAGACGACGACGAUAUUAUUGUGAUAAAUGAUGAUCUAGAACCCGCGGAAAGAAAAGAACGUAUUUCAAAUUACGAUUCUGCAAUUACCAAUAAAACAGCUCCUUCGACUAACAUAGCAUGUCCAAGAGUGUGCAAAACGAUAGAAAAAACUCAUUUGACACCAAUUGGAGGAAAGAGGCCUGUUCCAAUGUCUCCUCCCGAAACGGUGACUAAAAAAAGGGGCAAAAUAGACAGAAAGAUUACAGAUUUUGUAAAAGCACCAAAUUCCCCGGAUAUACCGAAAAUUUGUGAAUUUAUUCAUGACGUAAACAACGAAGUGAUAACAGAGAUAACUUAUAGGACAAUUCGCGGACGCGUGGAAGAACAUGGAAGAUUAGGGAAAAAAGAUUCGUGUUGGAUUUUAGAUGCUACAUUAGUAGAUGGCACUGGAAAAAUUGAUGUUUCUUUUUCAAAUAAGGUUCUUGAAAAUUUAUUAGGUUUCAGCGUUCAAGAGUUUUCAUUAAAGAAAAAGUUAAAAAAAAAUCCCGAAAUUGAACAAGAACUUAGGAAGAAUUUUCGUACUGCUGAACAAAAAAUAAAAACUUUGGAUGCUCUGCUAGAAUUGGAGUUAAAUAUUAAUAAAAAACCAACAGUAAUAAAAAUCGCUGAUCUGACACAAGAACAAAAAGAACUAAUAGACAAAAGGUUAAAGAAUUUUUAA